UUUACCACCAUGGACGCCAUACGGGUACCCAAGGUCUCCGACGUGCUUUGUAGCAAAGCCGGGAAGACCUCUUUCGGCACUCUCUACCUUACAGCCCACCACCUCAUCUUCUCAUUUAACGAUGAUGUUGAGCCGGAGAUGUGGGUUCCGUAUCCCUUGAUCGCGCUCGUUACACGUUUGCCACAAACUCUUAGCGGGCAAGCACCCAUCAGCAUACGCUGUCGGACGUUCGAAACGUUUUCUCUAUUCUUCGGGAAGGAUUCGGAUGCGGGAGAUGUGUUUGACAGCGUCAAGGAGCUCACUGUGGCCCCAUCGAUCACGUCACUAUACGCAUUCUUCUACUCACCCAAACCACCACUGACCGUCACAAAUGGUUGGACCAUGUACGUCCCUCGAGAAGAAUUUGGCCGCAUGGGCGUCGGCACUAGGACGAAGGCGUGGAGAUUUACGGACAUCAACAAAGAUUACUCAUUUUCACCCACGUAUCCCGCCCGGAUGGUCGUGCCUACGCGUAUCAGCGACACGACGCUCCAAUAUGCCGUGAAGUAUCGCAGCAAGGGUCGGAUACCUGCUCUGACCUACCUGCAUUGGGCAAACUACGGCAGCAUCACACGAUCGAGUCAACCUAUGGUCGGUCUCACGAAUGCACGAUCUGUCCAGGAUGAGAAGCUCAUCGAAGCCGUGUUUCAAUCCCAUUAUUCUCCGGACUCCCGAGCUGGGGCGGUCACACCCGUGUUCGGCGCACAAACCACCAAUCUUAUCAUCGAUGCCCGUCCUACGACCAAUGCUAUGGCCAACACGGCCAAGGGCGCCGGAACGGAGAACAUGGAUCAUUACAAGGACUGCAGGAAGGCAUACCUCGGGAUCGACAACAUUCAUACCAUGCGCGAUUCGCUAAAUAAAGUCGUCGAAGCUCUUCGGGAGACUGAGCUUCUCGCUGCCAGUCUUACCGGAGGGGAUCCAAACUCGAAUGCACCGCUCGUUCCGGUCGAUAGGUCUGCACUAAGACGAUCUGGCUGGUUGCGCCACAUCUCUGCCAUCCUGGAGGGGACAAUAAUCAUCAUACGAAACGUCCAUGUCAACAACUCCCACGUACUUAUACACUGCUCGGACGGUUGGGACCGGACUUCACAGCUCUCUGCCGUCGCUCAACUAUGUCUCGACCCAUUCUACCGUACCAUUCGCGGCUUCCAGAUCCUCGUCGAGAAGGACUGGCUCAGCUUCGGCCACCGAUUCUUGGAUCGUUGCGGCCAUCUUUCUUCAGAGAAGUUCUUCCUCACUCCUGUCGAAGGAGCUGGAGGUGCUGAAGGUGCAGGCGCCGCCCAGGCCUUCUUCGCGUCCGUGCAGAACCGUUUCGCCUCGAACCACCACGUCAAGGAGACGAGUCCUGUCUUUCAUCAGUUCUUGGAAACCGUGCGCAAUGUCCAGCGUCAGUUCCCGGACCGCUUCGAGUUCAACGAGCAUUUCCUUCACGAACUCCAUUACCACCUCUAUUCAUGUCAAUUUGGCUCCUUCCUCUUCAAUUCUGAGAAGGAGCGCCGUUUGGCAUACGACCAGACGGUGUCCAUCUGGGAUUGGAUGAACUCGCCACCACGACGAGACGAGUAUCUCAACCCGACGUACGACCCCUCACUGGACGACCCAGCGAGCAGGCAGCCGAAGGCAGACCAAGGUGUUCUAUUUCCGAAUCCGAAGGACCUGCGGUUCUGGCACGAGCUCUAUGGACGAUCGGACGAGGAGAUGAAUGGUAAAUAUGUGGUGGCGCAGGCACAGGGUUCGGAUAUGGUGGGCCCGAUUGAGAACGCCGAAGAAGACCCGCUCGUGGCAUCGACGCCCGAUUCCAUCGAGACCACACCCUCGUCGCCAGUGAUUUCUACGCCUACGCUUUCUACACCACCACUGCCCAACGCGACCCCCGAACCUGGUGCGACUACGCUUACACUGCUGAGCUCUGCCGCCCAGGAACGUAUAUCAACAUCACCUCUCCGUUCUUCCGUUCCUCUUACUACCGGACCGCCAGAUUCUCAACGAGCAUCUUCUCCCCUCCCUCGAUCGACGCGUUCCCCACAACCCUAUACAACCAUGCGUUCCACGCCUUCACCCGUGCCGAGUCUCGGCGGUCCUCCAUCCCCAUCGCGUUCCCGCCAACUCCCCGCCAGACCUCAAUCCGACUUCCUAUCCACAACAGGUGGCGGUCUUCGUUCGAUGUGGGGUAAAAUCUCCUCCAACGCCGGUGCGGCGCUCACAGCGGCCCAAACCGCCUACGACGGCGUAGCGAAGGACUUUGCCUCGUCGGGGCUCAGAGUCAAUUCUUCCAGUGGAAGUGGCGCAGGUUCGGAUGGCGAGUUGGCGGAGAAGUCGCCUGUUGUGCCGGGUGGGGGAGAGUUAAGAGGGAGGGAUGAGUUGUCGGCUUGGGGCGCUGAGAGCUCUAUGACGAUAUCGGAGAGGGAAAGAGCGAGGGAGCGGGAGAGGGAGAGAAUCGUGGCGGUGAGGCCGAGUACGUUCGCUCAGGGGUCGUCGAAUCCGUGGGCGAGCGUGAGGGAGAGACCGGGCGUGCCGUCGAUGUUGUUGGAUAAUCCGUGGAGUACGACGGGCGGUGGGGCACCUGGGCUUGGUGGUGGUGGCUCGUCUGCCUCGAAAAGCACGCCGGUGCAUGCGAGGGACGUGUUCGCUUCGUCGAAUGUUGCCUCUGCGCCACCCAUAUCUGCGUCAAAUUCAUCAUCGACGGAUAACUCGACGUCGGGCUCGGGCGGAAAUACGGACAAUCCAGGAGGAGCAUCGGGCCCACUUGGAGGGGCCAAUGAUGGCAGCAGCGAUUACAUCCUGGGCGAAUUGGGCCUUCCUCUCGAUCCCACCGUCGCCCAACCCAUCCCAAGACGAGCGGAUUCCUCCGCCACUUCGCGGUCAAGUAUCAUUGGUGCAAGUGCAGGCGUUUCGACGCCUAGUCUGAUGAGGGCGGUGUCGAGAGGUGAGGUGCAGGAGAUGAGGAAUGGGUCGAGUUUGAGCCCGAGGUUAGCUUCGCCUGCGCCUGCGCCGCCGCCGCCACCACCACCACCGGCGAAGGAGGGACAAAUGACAGAUCCGUUGGGUGUUGGGCUUAUUUAGCAUGGGUGGGCAAGAGGGGUGGUGAGGAUUGUUGUUUUGCUGAUAUUCAUGUUAUACCGGGUGGAUCGAGAGGGUACAAAUAGUCAAGUGUAGACGCUUGUGGAUGUACGAUGGUUUGUUGUCUUUCGAACCACGAGUUAACGGAAGGUCUGUGCCUCAGACUCGGACAGCGCCUCGCUAAUACCUC